CAACUCAGAGUAGGCCUACUUUAAUUUCUUGACUAUGUUGGGAAACUUGUUGGAAACCUUUUUGAAUUCUAUAAAUUCUAUCUAUAUAAACGCCCGUAGCCAAAAGUCCCGUUGCUAGGCAACAUCGAGCGUGCGAGUUAUCACAACAUUGCCACCCAACCCUUAGUCACCAUACUGCAGCUGAACAAUUUUCAAACUUUAUUCGGUUCCCAACUUCACAACAAGACUUUUUCUUUGGUUUCUUUGGUUCAACGAAACAUAUUGACGUGCUCAUAUUCUCAAUCAUUUUUGACGUCAUCUCUCCCAAGUUUUAAUGCGUCAGUCUCGAUCUGCUACUCUAAAAAUGCUGCUAGAUAAAGCUCCCAAUGACCGACAAAUCUUCAAGCUUCCGCCCGCCUAUUUGCCAUCCUGUACGCCUUAUUCAGGACCCGAUUUCCGCCCAGAAGUGAAAUCCGCAUGCAUUUCCAAUCGGUUGAUAACCACGGGCUUGAAAAUAUCCAAAGUAAUUGUUUUAGGAAAUGUGGCAGUGGGAAAAUCUUGUCUCGUUAAUCGAUUCUGUCACAGCGUUUUCGACCAAAAUUACAAGGCAACAAUAGGAGUCGAUUUUGAAGUGGAAAGAUUUGAUGUUCUACAAGUGCCGUUUAAUUUACAAAUAUGGGACACUGCUGGGCAAGAGAGGUUUAAAUGCAUCGCUUCUUCGUAUUAUCGUGGCGCUCACGCAAUUGUUGUUGUAUUCGAUCUGACCAAUCUGUAUUCGCUGUCAUCUUGCCCGGCUUGGUUGGAAGAUGCGCUGAAGGCUAAUACGGUUCGUCCUCUCGUGUUUUUGGUCGGGACCAAAAGGGAUUUGCUGUCGGAAGCUGCCUACAAGCACGUAGAAGAUCAGGCGACACGAAUGGCUCGUGCGCUGCAAGCAGAAUACUGGUGCGUUUCAUCAAAGUUGGGAUUGAAUGUUGACCGAUUUUUCAAUCGAAUUGCUGCGUUGACUUUCAACAUAUCAGUGCUACAAGAGUGUCAAGAAAUUGGCCCGUCAAAAGAAAUUGGCAGUGGUCUCGUUACUCUUAGGAGAAAUGAAGAGGUUAAAAGCGGCACCGAGAAAAAAAAGCGGUUGAAAAAUGAUUGUUGCUGAAGUGUUGAAAAAUAAAAUCGACGACAAUUUUAUAAAUUGAAAAUUAAUUAGAAAACAAAACAAAAGAAAUCGGCACGAUACGAAUUUUUGUAAGUUUUGUGUGAGUGAAAUAAACAUGAUGUAUCGUGA